CGCCGGAACCCGCUGAUCCGGAGUUGAUUGAUUUAAUCUGCACUAAAAGAAGAUGGCGUCGCGUUUCUGGACACAGGGUGGAAGUGACAGUGAGGAGGAGACCAGUGAUUAUAGUAGUGAUGUUGAAGAUAGUGGGGCAGUUGAGUCCACUGCUCCAAAAGAUGGAGACAAAUACCGUAAUGAGAAAUAUAGAGACAAUGGUAGUGACAGUGAUGAUUCUGAGGAUCAGAAGCGUGUUGUUCGGUCUGCCAAAGAUAAGCGUUUCGAGGAAAUGUCAGCCACUGUCGACCAGAUGAAAAAUGCUAUGAAGAUCAACGAUUGGGUGAGUUUGCAAGAGAGCUUCGACAAGAUCAAUAAGCAGCUUGAGAAAGUCAUGAGGGUCACGGAGUCUGAGAAGGUUCCCACUCUUUACAUUAAAACCCUUGUGAUGCUAGAAGACUUCUUGAGUCAGGCUUUGGCAAAUAAGGAUGCUAAGAAAAAGAUGAGUAGCAGUAAUGCCAAGGCUUUGAAUUCAAUGAAACAGAAGCUCAAGAAGAAUAAUAAGCUGUAUGAGGAGUUGAUUAAUAAGUACAGGGAGCUACCUGAGAGUGAGGAAGAAGUGGAAGAGGAUGAGGAUUCUGAGGAGGAAGAAUUAGAGAAUGAGAUUGAGGACCCAACCAAGAUUGAUGCUUCUGAUGAGGAGGCGGGUGACAAUGAGGAUGACGACGUUCCAGAUAGUCUUGAUGAUGGCUGGGAGAAGAAGAUGAGCCGGAAAGACAAGCUCAUGGAUAAACAAUUUAAAAACCCUAACGAGAUUACAUGGGAAAUUGUCAACAAGAAGUUCAAAGAGGUUGUUGCUGCUCGUGGGAGGAAGGGAACUGGUAGAUUCGAGCAGGUUGAACAGCUCACCUUCUUGACAAAGGUUGCUAAGACCCCUGCACAGAAGCUUGAGAUUCUUUUUAGUGUUGUAUCUGCUCAGUUUGAUGUUAAUCCAGGUCUUAGUGGUCACAUGCCGAUUAAUGUGUGGAAGAAGUGUGUGAAGAAUAUGCUUGUUAUUCUUGACAUUCUUGUGCACUACUCUAACAUUGUAGUUAGUGAUUCCGUGGAGCCUGAUGAGAAUGAGUCGGAGAAGGGACCUGACUAUAUUGGGACAAUUAGGAUUUGGGGGAAUUUGGUAGCAUUCCUUGAGAGGAUUGAUUCCGAGUUUUUUAAGAGCUUACAGUGCAUUGAUCCACACACCCGUGAAUUCGUUGAAAGGCUCAGGGACGAGCCUAUGUUUUUAGUUCUUGCUCAAAAUGUUCAAGACUACUUGGAACGCGUUAGAGAUUUUAAAGCUGCUUCAAGGGUGGCUCUACGUCGGGUUGAACUCAUAUACUAUAAGCCUCAGGGGGUCUAUGAUGCGAUGAGGAAAUUGGCUGAGCAGACUGAAGAUAACGGGGUUGAUGCAGGGGAAGAGCCUAAGGUGAUUGAGGAGAGCAGGGGCCCACCCGCUUUUGUGGUCACUCCUGAGCUUGUGCCGAGGAAACCAACUUUUCCUGAGAAUAGCAGGACACUGAUGGAUAUUCUGGUGUCCCUUAUAUACAAGUAUGGAGAUGAGCGAACUAAGGCCCGCGCAAUGCUUUGUGACAUCUAUCACCAUGCUCUCUUGGACAAGUUCUCAACUUCCCGUGAUCUAUUGUUAAUGAGUCGCCUGCAGGACAGCAUCCAGCAUAUGGACAUUUCAACUCAGAUACUUUUUAACAGGGCCAUGGCACAACUUGGUCUGUGUGCAUUUCGGGUUGGCCUUAUAUCCGAAGGACAUGGCUGCCUUUCUGAAUUAUAUUCAGGUGGAAGGGUGAAGGAGUUACUUGCACAAGGUUUUUCUCAAAGUAGGUACCAUGAGAAGACCCCAGAGCAGGAAAGAUUGGAAAGGAGGCGCCAAAUGCCGUAUCACAUGCACAUAAACCUCGAGCUUCUCGAAGCGGUCCAUCUGAUAUCUGCCAUGCUGUUAGAAGUGCCCAAUAUGGCAGCAACCAGCCACGAUGCUAAGCGCAAAGUCAUAAGUAAGAACUUCCGACGGUUGCUCGAGGUGAGUGAAAGGCACACAUUCACAGCGCCCCCAGAAAAUGUGAGGGACCAUGCAAUGGCAGCGACAAGGGCCCUAAGCAAGGGAGACUUCCAGAAGGUCUUUGAUGUCGUCCAGUCUCUUGACAUCUGGAAACUACUCAGGAACAAGGACACUGUCCUUGAGAUGCUCAAGGCUAAGAUUAAGGAGGAGUCUCUGAGGACCUAUCUCUUUACCUAUUCAUCAUCCUAUCAUUCAUUGAGCUUGGAUCAUCUAACAAAAAUGUUUGAUCUCUCGGAGGCACAGACGCACAGCAUUGUCAGCAAGAUGAUGAUCAAUGAGGAGCUCCUUGCUAGCUGGGACCAGACAACCCGGUCCAUUGUAUUCCACGACGUUGAGCACACGAGGCUCCAGGCUUUGGCAUUCCAUCUUACAGAGAAGCUGGCAAUUCUGGCAGAAAGUAAUGAGCGGGCUGUGGAAACUAGGAUUGGCGGCGGUUUGGAUCUUCCUCCAAGGAGGAGAGACGGACAGGACUAUGCUGCUGUGUCGACUGUUGGUAGUGGUAGGUGGCAAGAGGGGUUUUCCUUCACUCAGGGAAGGCAAGGAAGUGCUGGUGGCGGGAGACAACAGACAAUUGGCCAAGCCGGAGGAAGUAACUAUUCUAGGCAGUUCCGUGGCACGGGUGGAUAUUCUGCGGGCAACCGAUAUCAGGACUCUACUUAUGGAGGAUCAGGGAGGUAUCAGACUGGGUCUGCAGCAAGGUCAUCUCAGAUGAACAGUUCGGCCCGCAUGGUGAGUCUGAACAGGGAGCUUUUCAAGCAGAAGUCCUGCUGUUUCUGAGUUUUGACUGGGAGAAGACUUUUUUACGUGAUUUUUUUCAGUCCUAAGUUUUGAAUUCUGAUGUAUUACUUAUGAUAUCAGAACCCUAUUCAUCGUCCACAUUGUUGUCACAUUUUUGUAAUAGAUUACUAAAAGCCUGGAUAACAGCCUUCUGUUUAAUUUUU